AUGGAGCAGUUGGCACAGUUUGUAACAAAAUCCUUUGAGUUUAACUUAACUAACAACAGUGUUCACGCCUUGUUCAACUCGAUGACGGGCGCGCGAAUUAAAAAGCACACGGAAGUGAAAAACGCCAUAUUCAUAAAUUCCAUUUCAACUUCCGGCGGCAGUUAUGCCGAUACUUGUGCCAGUGGUGACGAGUCCGUGGAUAUAGACAUCACAGAUUUAUCCGUCUCCGAGAGCAAUACCAAUAUCGCCGCCGCAUCUAUUCCGGAGCCGCCGACGGAGGAGUCCCUCCCAGAGGUAGAAAGUGUGGAAACAUAUAGCCCAAGUCCCAAAAUUCGCAAGACAGUGGCGGUGACAGUGACAGAGCCAAAGCCCAAAAACUGGCUAAUAUCAGAUGAUUUGGAAGUGGAAUCGCCGCCGGAAGAAUCAAAAAUUUCAGCGAUAAUAGCGACGAAUGUAAUAGAGUCCACGGAUGACAGCAACACGCCAAAGUUGGCACCCGAUAAACCAGAGUUGUCAGAAAAGAGGAGCUGCUCCCCGGAGCUCGCGACAAGACUCCGAGAACACUGCGAGCACUUGGACUCAUCCUCGGUGGUGAACACCAAGCAGAGGCGAUCCCGGACCAACUUCACGCUGGACCAGCUCAACGAACUGGAGCGGCUGUUCGAGGAGACGCACUACCCCGAUGCCUUCAUGCGCGAGGAACUGAGUCAGAGAUUGGGCCUCAGCGAGGCCAGAGUGCAGGUUUGGUUUCAAAAUAGAAGAGCCAAGUGUAGAAAGCAUGAAAACCAAAUGCACAAAGGCUUUUUGGUGGGCAGCCGUAGUCCUCCCAUUGCAACUCCCUUGGAGCCCUGUCGCGUUGCGCCUUACGUCAGCCUGGCCGCACUCCGUAGCUCAUCAGUUCCGUCACAGCAUCCCACAAUUGCCACGAAUGCAAGCUCGCAAGGAUCUGGUAGUGCGACAACCGGAAAGGCCUCUAACGUGGAUGCUUCGUCGCACAGCACUCCAGCGAUAUCGCGUUCAGCUGUAAAGCAGUUUUCCAGCACAGUGGCAGCAGCGGCCGCCUUUUCAGCUUUCGAUCCAGCGAUUAUAUCCGUGGCAGCUCAUCAGUAUGCGGCGGCGAUAACCAAUGGAACGGUGCCAGCUGGGCUCUUUUCUGUGCCACAAUACUCUAUAAAUCUGGCCGCCUUUGCCGCUGCUCACAGCAAGAGUUCGAGCAUAGCAGACCUCAGGAUGAAGGCCAAAAAGCACUCGGAAUCCUUGGGACUGCAGGCCGACAUGGUUCUUUAGUAAGCUCACACAGCU